AUGGAGGUUACAGAGCGGAGGGACGAGGAGAUCAGGGACGGCAGAGAAUCUGGAAACAUGGACAACAUUAAGUCGCAGUAUGUUACCGACUCUUAUGCAGAUGAACGCCACUCUCGCGAGCUCAAGGCUGGUCUACAUCCUCUCCGGUACAAGUUUGCAAUUUGGUACACUCGUCGAACACCAGGGGUCCGAAGCCAGACAUCUUACGAGGAUAACAUAAAGAAGAUUGUGGAAUUCAGCACGGUUGAAGGGUUUUGGGCCAGCUACUGUCACCUUGCUCGUUCUUCUCUCUUGCCUAGUCCUACAGAUCUUCAUUUCUUUAAGGAUGGGAUUCGCCCAUUGUGGGAGGAUGGUGCCAACUGCAAUGGAGGAAAGUGGAUCAUACGUUUCUCAAAAGUAGUAUCCGCUCGCUUCUGGGAGGAUAUGCUUCUUGCGUUGGUCGGCGACCAGCUUGAUGAUGCUGAUAACGUAUGUGGGGCAGUACUGAGUGUCCGCUUCAAUGAGGACAUCAUUAGUGUAUGGAAUCGCAAUGCCUCUGAUCAUCAGGCAGUGAUGGGGUUGAGAGACUCAAUCAAGCGGCAUUUGAAGCUGCCUCAUGCAUAUGUGAUGGAAUACAAGCCCCACGAUGCCUCUCUUCGCGACAAUUCUUCCUACAGAAACACAUGGCUGAGAGGAUAG